AUGAGAUACGCCUUGCUUGCGGAGAAGUACGAAGAGCAGCCACCAGUAGUAGAGGAGUUGUUGGAGGAUCCCUUCGAGAGGCAGCGGCAGGUAUUCGUGGAGGGUACGGGACACCUGGACCAGAGCCUGAGGGACGGGCUGUGGAAUCUGUUGGUCGCAUACAGAGACGUACGGGAGAACCCAAAGGUGGCGUGCGUCAAGUACGAGGCGCGUUUCGAGGCAAGCGGCAAGCCGUGCAAAGCGAGGUUGAGACAUCUCGAGCCUGAGCUGAGGACCGAGAUCAUCAUCGUGACGGACACGGUGCCGGAGAUGAUGCAGCGGUUGGAGAAGGUCUUGCGACUGUGCAGGGAGAGAGGCUUCCGCCUCAGGCUAGAUAAGGGCGGGUGGCUCAACGCCGAAGUUCUCAAUGCCCCCGCCCCCGCCUCAAGGAAGGAACUGCAGAGCUUCCUAGGCGCCGUUGGGUAUCUACGACCCUUCAUCCAGCGAUUCGCCGAGUACACUGCCCCACUGUUCGAGUUGCUCAAGAAGGGCAGGUUGUUCGUCUGGUCGGAUUCUCGAGGAGAGGCAUUCGUGAAGCUGAAGCAGGCGGUAGCUGGUGCAUCGUUGCUCCACAAGCCAGUUCCAGGAGCGCCGGUCAUCAUCGAAACAGAUGCCUCGGAGGUUGGCAUCGGCGCGGUGUUGAAGCAGGUGCAAGAGGGAAGAGAAGUCCCGUUAGAGUUCGCGUCUAAGAAGUUCACCGACGCGGAGAGAAAAAGUGGUACGACUACGUAG